AUUGCGUUUGCAUCAAAGCUUCUCUAAGGAAAGGGGCAUCUUUCUUGCAUAUUCUUGAAAUACACUUCUUUGCCUCAUAAUUGCAGAAAUGAAGGAACCACUCUCCCUUCAAACCUGCCACUGCUAGCCUAACCCGUCCAGAGAGAAAAACCUGAAAAAAAAGAAAAGGAAAAAGAAAAAAAGAAGACAUGUUUGGUAUGAUAAAUGGUCAUAAUAGCAAAUGGUUCUUACUGUUAGGUAUUUGACUUUUGAUUGAGUUGAUCAUAUCUCGGGCGGGAGGGAUGAGAUUAUUGGGGUUGAUUUUGUUGGCAAUUUUGUCGGGGUUCAAGGAGGCAACAUCGCAUGGAGACCAGCAGCCUCUCUCAAGAAUUGCGAUUCACAAGGCAGUGUUUGCACUUGAUGACCUUGCUUAUAUUAAAGCCUCUCCUCCAGUUCUUGGGUUAGAGGGGCAAAAUUCUGAAUGGUUGACUGUGGAAUAUAGCAUUUCGAACCCAUCAACUGAUGAUUGGAUUGGAGUAUUUUCACCGGCAAAUUUCAGUGCUUCUACUUGCGCCCCUGAAAAUGGAAGAGUUUUUCCUCCCCUUUUGUGUACUGCACCAAUUAAGUAUCAAUAUGCAAAUUAUGCAAAUCCUGAGUACAAAGAUAAUGGCAAGGGAUCAUUAAGGCUUCAAUUGAUCAAUCAGAGAUCUGACUUCUCUUUUGCGUUGUUUUCUGGCGGUUUGUUAGCUCCAAAGCUAGUGGCAGUGUCAAAUAUUGUAGCUUUUGCAAAUCCAAAUGCGCCGGUGUACCCACGCUUAGCACAAGGAAAAACAUGGAAUGAAAUGACCGUAACAUGGACAAGUGGAUAUGGGAUCAAUGAAGCAGAACCUUUCAUUCAAUGGGGUCCAAAAGGAAGAGAACAGAGCCGUUCCCCAGCUGGGACAGUGACUUUUGAUCGCAGCAGUAUGUGUGGUGCACCAGCAAGAACAGUGGGAUGGCGUGAUCCUGGAUUCAUACACACUAGUUUCCUGAAGGACUUGUGGCCCAACACAGUGUAUACAUACAAGAUAGGGCAUAUGUUGUUGAAUGGUACAUAUAUAUGGACUCAGAUGUACCAGUUCAGGGCAUCACCUUAUCCUGGUCAAAAUUCAAUACAACGUGUAGUCAUUUAUGGUGACAUGGGAAAGGAUGAGGCUGAUGGCUCUAGUGAAUAUAAUAAUUUCCAGCGCGGCUCUCUUAACACUACUAAACAGCUUAUUAAGGACUUGAAGAACAUUGAUAUAGUCUUCCACAUUGGAGAUAUUUGUUAUGCAAAUGGAUAUAUUUCACAGUGGGAUCAGUUUACUUCUCAAAUUGAGCCAAUUGCCUCAACUGUGCCUUAUAUGAUUGCUAGUGGGAACCAUGAACGUGACUGGCCUGGAACAGGAUCGUUCUAUGGGAACAUGGAUUCAGGAGGAGAAUGUGGCGUGUUGGCUGAGACUAUGUUUUAUGUUCCUACUGAGAACAGGGCUAAGUUCUGGUACUCCACCAAUUAUGGCAUGUUCAAAUUCUGCAUAGCUGACACAGAACAAGACUGGAGAGAGGGGUCUGAGCAAUAUGUGUUCAUCGAGCAUUGCCUGGCAUCUGCUGAUAGACUGAAACAACCAUGGCUGAUUUUCCUUGCACAUCGGGUAUUAGGUUAUUCCUCUGAUGCGUCUUAUGCUGUAGAAGGAUCAUUUGCAGAACCAAUGGGGAGGGAGAGUCUUCAAAAGCUUUGGCAGAAGUACAAGGUUGAUAUAGCCAUGUUUGGCCAUGUACACAACUAUGAAAGGACAUGUCCCAUUUACCAGAAUAUUUGCACUAAUGAGGAGAAGCAUUAUUACAAGGGACCCCUUAAUGGGACAAUACACGUUGCUGCCGGGGGUGCAGGAGCAAGCCUUUCACCAUUUACCACCAUCCAAACUCAUUGGAGUAUUUUCAGGGAUUUGGAUUAUGGAUUCGUAAAACUCACCGCAUUUGAUCAUUCAAACCUUCUGUUUGAGUACAAGAAGAGCAGGGAUGGGAAUGUUUAUGAUUCUUUCAGAAUAUCUCGCGAUUAUAGAGACAUCUUGGCCUGCGCUGUGGAUAGCUGCCCAAGUUCGACUUUGGCAUCUUGAUUUUGGGAAUGAAGGGAGAACUUUGUUUUGAAUUUGCUGCCAUAAAAACACAAGAAAAUAAGGUAUAAUAACUCAUGCCUUUAUUGUUUUGGUUUUAUAAAACUAAAAAAAGAAAAAGAAAAAAGAGAUGCAUGUACAUAUGUAUAUGUGCAACCAUAUUUAUGGCAGUUAUGAAUUGAAAACCUCCACAUGUGGCCUUACUAGGUCAUUUAGCUUUUAUGGACCACCCUUCUUGUGCAUUA